AUUUCUCUCUUUCUCCCUUCUUAUUUUCUCAGCCACGAGUCUUAAUAAGAUACGACUGACUAAGAAUUUGUUAAUCAUUUUAACACGUAUGACAUAAGAUAUUUACUUUUUAUGAUACAUUUCUAAUUUUUGCAAAUUACUUACUUGAUUUACUAUUGUUAUAUGGUUGGCAGAAUUUUAUGUUAAGUGUGUCACUAUAUUGUUGUAAUAGUUAAAUUGAAUGUAAUAUGAAGUGUUGACAUAAAACUAGGCACAACUAAUUAUCUUUCACUUCUUGAGAUACAAUCAUUGUUUGAUUUAGCCUAUAACUAAUAAAUCUUUAAUUAUAAUUGGUUUUUUUAGUUUACUUGGAUCAGAACUGAUAACCGUAUAAAAAGGCAGUAAAAAUUAAAGUUUGCUUAUUCUGAUGACAACUGAUAAAUAUACAGGUCUGCACGUAUACUGGUUGAUGAAAAUGUGAGCAAUCAUUACUUAAUGAUCUUAAGUAAUAAACACUUAGUAUUGCUCAUUGAAAAUUUGUUAAUUGUUUCAAUGCAUAUGAUCUAACGUUUCGUAAGAAACACUAUCUAGGAUCUUUAUUUUUUGGGUUAAAAACACUAUUUGGGAUCUUUUUGUCAUCUUUAGACAUUGCUUGAUUUUGUAUUGUCAAAUGAUAUAUAUUUUCAUAAUCAUUGUGUUUGUAUAUUAUAUGGAUUUAUUUUUUAUAAUAUUUAGUGUUCUAUUCUUUGUAUUAGAUCUUUUUAUACUUAAAACAACUUUUUUAAAGUGUUAAUUAAAAUGGUUAAUUGAUAGUUAGUGUUUGCCUAUGCAUAUUAUUGCGUAGUAUUUACUAUGCACAUGCAUAUUCAUGUUAUGCUAUAUGUAAUGUUCACUGUUAUUCACUUAUUCACAUGAUAUUUAACAAUAUUUUUUUCUUGCAUUUUUUCCCAUGCUGAAUUGUCAAGCGACAGUCAAUAUAAACGUAUGAAUUUUGUUUCUUCAUUGUUAAUCUACUGAUGCUAGGUAUAAUUUAAGCUUCUACAUUCUUAACAUUUUUCAUAUUUGACUUGCAGGAUUAGUGUCAAUGUACACAUUUUCGCAACUAUUUGUUUUGUCUUUUUCCCUCACUCUGUAUAAUUUUAGUCAAAUUGAACUACUUUUUAAAACUUGAGAUUUAAUUGAAGUGCCAAGAACUUAGUUAAAUGAAAGUUUGCUUUGGUUUGAUGACAUUUACAUGAUUAUUAGGUCCACAAUCAUUGGAUGCAUUAUCUUUUGUAUGUUUUAAUCAUAAUUUGUCAUAAAAUUUUCAAUCCCGCAGCAACACGCAAGUGACACUUCCCGCAACAACGCGCGGGUCACACUUUCUAGUAUAUACUAAACGUGAGUUUCCCCGGCACUGUAGAUCACCAGUGUCCGGACGGAACUGCCCUUGCUUCUCUGUUUUCUUUCCGUUUGUGUCCCUGUUUUCCACGAGGCGCUCAUCUUAUUCUCUCGACUUCGAGAGUCAUUUUGAGUUAGGGUUUUGUUCCUUCGUUGCUUUUCUUGGUUUCGGCUUUUGCUCUUUUCGUUUUGGCUGUUCUUUCUUCCAAUCCUCUGUUUCAUGUGAUAUCCGUGCUUUCUUUCGCGGAAAGGGUUGCUGAUCUUCGUGGUUUAAGGGAUUUUGUGGUUGCCGGGCCGUUGUGCGUCUAUUUAGAUUUGGGAUUUUUUGCGUUCCGAGGGUUUUGACAUCUCUAAUUGGGGUAAAGAAUUCCUGCUAUUUCCCCCUUUUUCCGUUUGGUAUUUCUGGGUUGUGGCUGGGUUUUUGGCCGAUUUACACCUCUUUUCAAUGGUGGCGUCUUUGCAGCCCGCUGUGGAACAAGUGUGAUCCAACUAAGAAAUUUUGUGCCCAUCUUGGGUUCGCUUCGAACUUGGUUGAGACCGAUCUAAUCCGGCGUUUCCAGAUUCGGGAAACCGUCCCUUUCAGAUUUUUGGAUUUUCGAUUCUGAUUCUUGGAACUCUCUGUGCUAAAGAAGGGGAUCGAACGAUGUUGUCGGGUUCAGCUGAUCCCAUGAAUCUCAACGGAGAUUAUGAAAAUAGAGCGAAAACGGUCACAGGUUCGCUGCCUAUGAACGGUGGAAAUGGCACUUACAGCUACUCCAAGAACUCCUCCUACCAGAAAGAAUCCGCUGAUCUUGAGAAGGGAAAAAUCAUUGAGGAAAUUGAGCAGAAGCUUGAUAUGAAAAAACUCUCAUCUUUUUCAAACACCAUUUGUCUAGCAGACUUGGGAUGUUCCACUGGACCAAACACUUUCAUGAUAAUUCAAGAUAUACUAGAAGCUAUGCAACGCAAACACCGAUCCCAAUUAUCCCAAUCAUGUCCCAAAGCUGAUCAACAGUACUCUGAUGAUCAUCAAAUACCUGAAUUUCAAGUCUUCUUUAACGACCUAGAGGCGAAUGACUUCAAUACCCUCUUCACCUCUCUCCCACAAGACAGGAAAUACUUUGCAGCCGGCGUGCCCGGUUCUUUCCAUCACCGUUUGUUUCCCAAGUCGUCUAUCCACUUUGUACAUACCUCAUCUAGUCUUCAUUGGAUCUCCAAGUCGCCUGAAGUAUUGCAAAACAAGGACUCUCCGGCAUGGAACAAGGGCAGGAUUCACUACACAAGUGCCCCGGAUAAAGUGGUUGAUGCUUAUGCGUCGCAGUUUGCCGAGGACAUGAAGAACUUUUUGAAUGUUAGGGCCAAAGAGCUUGUGCAUGGAGGAAUGAUGGUAAUGAUCUUGUCUGGAAUCCCCAAAGGGAUGCCUUAUUCUGAAAUCCCAGCGGGUAUGUUGUACAAUUGUAUGUCGUCUAGCCUCAUGGAUAUGGCAAAAGAGGGAAUAAUUGAAGAAAGUGAAGUGGAUUCCUUCAACUUGCCAUACUAUGCAGCCUCGUUAGAGGAGAUGGAGGAGAUAGUAAAGAAAAACGGGUGUUUUAAGAUAGAGAAAAUGGAGUCGUCAAACCCAGCAGCAUGGCUGAAAGGUCGUCCAGUUGACAUACCAACUUUGGUGAAACAUGUAAGGGCUGCAGUGGAGGGGAUGUUUGCCAAACACUUUGGAAUUGAGGUCAUGGAUGAAAUGUUCGGAAGAGUGACCGAUAAACUUCUAGACAUUUCCGACCUCGUAAACUCACAACGCGACGAGAAAAGUCAGUUGCUAGCUGUUCUCAAACGCAAAUGAUUCUAACUAAAUCUGGAAUAUUAUUGCUUCAUCAUCUUAUUCAAGAAAAUAAAAGGGAGCAAAAGGAGAGAGAUUGGAAUUCAUCACCAAACGUAAAUGCUAGUGUGUACUUGAUAAAUCCUUAUCCCAAUUAUCAUCAAGAUACUUCUAUUUAUUUAUUUUCCUUUUGUCGGUCUACAAAAACCAUCAU